AUGGAGAAAGAAAGAAAAUCUUCCAAGCAUUAUGGUGCUUUGGAGCAGACACAAGUGGACGGAGCAGCGGAGAAAUCGGCAGAAGAUAUUUCAAUGGCCGACUCCUCCAUCACAAUCGAUGACAUUGAAGGGGAGCUGUUCAAAAUUGAGCGGAUACGUGACAUCCUCGUACGGAGGGAAUCGGAGCUUAGAUACAUGAUGGAUGACAUCCAGCUCUGCAAAGAAAUCACACAGCUGAAGAAAGAGCUUCAGAAACUUGUCUCGGUUCCAGACCAAGACAAGUCCAAGGAGGAUAAGGAGAGAGAGGAGGCGCUGCUGCAGCAGAUCCACAAGCUGGUGGAGACCAGAGAUUUCCUGGUGGAUGAUGUGGAGUUUGAGAGGCUGAGGGAGAGAGAGGAAGACAGAGAAAUGGCAGACUUCUUACAGUCCAAAAUUUCCAAGAAUUUGAGUAAAAAAGCUGCCCUGCGAAAUCAAAUGGUGGCCUCCAAAUCCCAGCAGACGUCAAGUCCGUUUGUCACCAAAACUGGACUCACACUCCUGAAAGAAUGCUGCGGCUUCACUUGUUCCAUCAUGUAACACACCGUAUGGAGUAGUGUGUGUGCGUGUGUGUGUGUGUGUGUAUGUGUGUGUGUGUGAGUGAGUGUGUGUGCGCACUGCUUGCAUGUAUGUGCUCCACAAAGAAAGCUAACAUGUGUCCAUCUUUGUAUUUGCUCAUAUGCAGAGAAAGUGAAUUAUGACAUUUCAUGUGAUUUGCCACUGUGAAAUAUGGUGUUUAUGCAGCAGGAAAGGCGACUGACUUACGGAAAUUCUCAUUAUUAUGGCUCCUGUCCAGUUAAAGUAAUUAGACAUUAUUAUGGUUGCUAUGACAGUGCAAUUACCCAUUUGUGAUCUAUUAGACGGUGUCACUUCUCCCAGGAACAAACUACACUCGCUAAUCUCCCUGGGGCGCUGGUUGUAGCACCGGGUGACAUUUUACACGGUCACGGAUGAUGCGACCGUGCUUAACCUUGCCAAAAGCCACCGCCCGGUUUAUGGCCUGACUCGUAAGAUCACAUUAUUUCAGGUAGCGUAACAUACA